AGAAGUUCCAGAACAUUCGUUUCGUGCCGUGGCCGUGUGCAUGUGCAGUGCAUGCAUUCGAUGUGAAAAACAUAACCGCCAAGCGUGUGUUUCUCGUCUCCCAACAAUUUUCCCUUUUCCCAAUAAUUGAACCCUCUUUAGGAUUCUAGUACGGAGUGAAUAAACUUCCUACUCAAGCACGAGACGAGCAUUUCUUUGGACCUAUUAACCUCCAAAAAACAAACAGAGCAGCAUGGACAUACUCUCCUUAAUGGACAUGAAGCAGGAGCCGGCCGACGGUGAAAAUCGGCUCUUUGCGGCUCUCGCGGUUCUUCUGAAAGCCCCGGACAAGAAGAAGAGCUUCAAGAGAGUUGAGGACUCACUACGAAUCAAGAUUUCUGAAGCAAACCACACUCUCGGGUAUGAAAACCUCGCUCAGAGCGUCGACCCAUUGAUUCAACAGUGCGGUCCCUUGCCUGAAAGCAACACCCGUGACACAGCAUGGGACUUUUCCUGCGUCACUCUGUCCAUUUUGUUCGAGCUGAAGAAGAUCCUGAAGGACGGUGCUUUGCUCUCAGUCCAGCAAAAAACUCAUCUCAGGGCGGCGGCACAGUUUCUGAGUGCCCUCGGCGUCAGUCCACUUUUGCAGCCAGGGGUUGGCAUUCCUUUGGAGUCUCGAUGCAACGCUCCCAUCACCUUCCCCAAGAACGAUAUAAAGAAGCUCUCGUACCUUCUUAGAGCCAUCCUGUGCCUGAUGCAGAACAAAAAUACGGACAUUUACUCAGUUUUCACUGCGAACCUCAUGCUGGACAUUUUAGCCGGCCUGUUUCAGCUUUCUCAUGAGGACAAUUCAUUCAAGCUUGAAACGAGUAAAUUUAUCAAAUCGACGCACCAGCCCACCGUGAUGAAGCACCUGCUCAUUCUGCUUAAACCGAAUCCAAAGUGCCCAAAGUGGUUUGUGCAAACCACCACCAGCUACCUGAACAAGUGUUUGAUGUCCCCAGGAGGAGUGAUUUCCACUAUCAGGGCCAUGCACGACGUACAAAGUGAACAUGAUGUUCUGGAAAAAUACGCCAAGACUGCUAGGAUUAUUUUACAGCCGGACUUUGCCAGAAACGCCGAGUAUUACAAAAAGCUGUGCCCCCAAGUUAUCUACCUUCUCAGCUCGGGCAACGAAGAGUACAAAAAAGUUGCGUCUGAAAUUGUGCAGGGACUGCACCUGAAGAACGCAGAGUUUUGUCAUGAAGGUCUUUUCAUCCCUAUUUGCCAAGUUUUCAAGCAAGAUUUUGGUGAUUUAGAAGGAUGUUUAAUCCUGGACCAGGAGCAGGAAACUAAAAUUUCCUCCUCCAUAGAACUAUUAAUCUUGCUGAUCUCGCACUCUAAAAUUAGCCCUGAUGUUCUAUCCAGGCAUUUUAAAGACAUUUGCGCAUUCUACCUGGCAACAAGGAAAACAGGAGGCACGCCCGCCCUGAGAUGCAGGACCAAAGAUUUGUUGUCCCAGGUGAUCGUGCAAGCAGAAGAAGCGAGCAUCUGGCAUACAAUUUCCACUCUUCCCGAAGACUGUCUUGAAUCUCUCUCUGAAGACUCUGCAGUAGCUCAAGCAAUGUUUUCAAACUUUCUAAAAAGGUUUUCCACGGUUGAUGACUUGCAAGAGAAGAUGCUUCUGGUCAGUUUGCUGAGCAGUCUGGCGGGUUUGCCGAGCGUACAGGAGGAAUUCAUGAAGAAGCCAAGCAACCAGUUGAUUAACCUCCUGAAAGUUCUGCUAGAGGGUGAGAGUGCCGAGAUUUUGGACCUGGCGCUGAUGCUUCUGCUCUCGAUAAUCAGUCACAGCGAGGCUAACCUUAGAAAGUGCCAAAAGUUGCUGCCAGCUGUACAGAAGCUACGCACUUCGAAACAUAUUUCAGAGGAAACGAAAAUCUUGGUAGAACAAACGUUCACAAUCAUUGCGACUUAUGGAGCUGUCAGUGGCGACGUGCUUUUGGUCGAAGAGAAACUGAAAGAGAUGUUCAAGGAGAAGAAAAAGAUCGAAGAAAUCAAACCACAAAAGCCGCAACAAGCAGGUCCUGCCAAGCUCUCUUUUAAGGAGUCUUUGGAGGAAGCGGCUGACGAGGAAAUCCCUGUCAAGGGCCACGGAUAUUUGAGCUUGACAAAACUCAUAAGAAACAAAGAUCAGUAUUCAAAAGAGAAAGCAGCGGAACUAUUUCAGUUGGCUGUUUCUGGAAUGGAACAUGAUGACUCUUAUGUUUACUUGGCGGCUGUUGGGAUGAUGAGCGCCUUGAUCUUGGAAAACCUUGCUCUGCUCCCAAAACUAGCAGAAAACUACAACAAACAAGAGCUCAGCCUGCCCUUGAGGAACAGAAUCGGAGAGGCCCUUCUGCAGGUCUGCAAGAACUUAGGUGAAGUGGCUGGAAGCCAACGCCAGAUAUUAUUGAACGUCUAUCUUUCGGGAGCAAAAGAUGCAAAUCCAACACACCGAGCGUCCAGUCUGUCAAAUUUGGGCGAGGCUUGCAAAGUUUUGGGUUACCGAGUCAGCAGCGAUCUCCAAGAGAUUCUGCUAUGUGCUCAGAGUCUUUCCACCUCAGACCCGGACAUGCAUGUCCGACGGGCGGCGGCUCUCCUCUUGGCGCUCCUCCUUCAGGGUCUUGGCAAACAGGCUGUCAACACCCUUGGAUCGUCUUCUCUUGAGGUUUACCGCACCAUGAAGCAACUGGCCCAGAGUUCAGAUGAAACUCUCCGACUGCAAGCUCAACUGGCGUUGGAGGAACUGAACCGAGGUAUCAAAGAGAGCAUUUUCAAGCCUCGACCGAUGGAAAAGCACAUUUACAUCACGUCCGCCCCUCCAAUUUAAUAUGGUUAUGGUUUAAAAAUAAACAUAUUUGUAAUUAA